UGAUUCCUCUACAUACGCUGCCGGUGACAGCAAUGUGGCAUUCAAAGACAUCAGUCUGAAAGAGUCGGAACCCUCACACCCUCCAUGGCACGCUGAACACCCUCAUCCGGUGUCCACCUCAACAACCACCUCGCGAAUGGCGUCUGCGCAUGGCCUGCCUACCUUUACACCCCCGGGCAGCCACUUCCACGCCCACUCUCGUUCCUAUUCCGGCGCACAUCUCUCCCCCGGCAAGGCAGCCUCGCAUUCCUUCGCCCACGGCAAUGGCAAUCUCAACACCCCCGCCGUCGGCCCCAGUCCGCUCUUCACCCACGCCGAGUCGAGUCGAGAAACGAGUCCCGUCUUCUUUCCCAAUGCCGCCAAUGGCAGCCCAUACAAACCACUAUCGCCCUUCGACCACAACGCCCAUGCCUUUCAACAAAACGCCGGCUUGUCGUCCAACCACCGUUACAGCUAUUCGUCGCCAACGAUGAAGAGUAGACCCAGAGGAGAGUCGGAUCUGAGCCGGCCGGCGGAUAUGAAGAGCGCUGUAUACCAACCCUCGUUGAGCAGCAUCCCUGCUACCUCGACCUCCUGGUUCUCCCUGCCAGAAGCCCUGACGAGUCUUCUCAUCACUGCGCCGCUGCUCCUGGCAUCCGCGACGCUCUCCUCUACCUCUGCCAUACCUCUGCACACAUUUCCGCCCUUACCGCCUUAUACUCCCAUCGCUCAAUCCUCCCUGGACAUCUUGCUUCUGCCAGACGUCGGAGCGGUUUCUCGAACGCAAGGCCUAGUCAGCUCCGGGAUCUUGACUUCUGGCACACUUCUACUCGUGGGGAUCGUGGGCAAAUUCCAGAGUUCAGAGCGGGCCUCUGACAGUGGCAAGCCAUCCUCCCCAUUCUUCAACUUGCGGAAUGUUGCGAGCCUUCCUGCGCUCGAAACUGCGGCCCUCCGCAUCCUGAGCGUGGGUCUACCGCUCUAUGCAUCAAUGCUGAUCGGAGCGUCUCGGACGGCCAUCAUCACGCUCGCCGCUCUUGCCGCGAACUUGGCACGGGCUGAUCAGCCUAAUCAACUGGAUGAGUGGAGGCAUGCGCUGGAGUCAAAUGUUGCUACGUUCUCCGUCCUUCUUCUGUCACUUCUAUCCGAUGCGCUCGGGUUGACCAUCCGCAUUCGCCCAACCAACCUCAUCAUCGGAUAUCUUGCGCUCAUGGUCUCGAUCAUGGCCAUUCCCUCACCCUUUCCUACCCUGAUCUCCUCCACUACUUCCAAGGCCAGAGUAGCAGUGUCGGCACGAUCAAUCUCGGCCAUCUGGGCUCGCUCCUCCUCCGCUACCUUCAAACCAUGCAUAUCGGCGUUUAUCGCAUCGCCGUCCAGCACCGAUAUCACCUUGGCCGGCGGACUUCUGACCGCGACCUUCACCGUCCUCGCAUCAAUCACGACAUCCACCUCACCGGCCUGGUCGUUGACCUCUCUUAUUCUCAUCGCUCUCUCAGUGGUUUCAAUGACUGCUGCGAUCUUAAUCGCGCAACCACCCACCCUCUGGAGUAAAGCCAAAAUAGGUCUGGCCAUGGGCUCUCUUUUGACGGCAGGCUUCUCCUUCCUCUUCUCUCCCCCAACCUGGUUUGGCACAAUCUGCAACGGCGGCCUUGCCGCUUUGUCGUUCUUCAGUGUUCUGUACGAUACCGAAAAGGACCAACUCCCUAACGAGACCAACGAUCAUGUACGACAUACCCAUUCGCACCAACUUCAACAUCAGCAUCAGCAUCAGCAUCGCUCCGCGAGCGGCACAUCGGCGUUUACAGGCGUCAUUCUGGCGUUUUGCGAGCCGGGCUCGCUUUUUCACACGAUUUUGAGCGACAAGGACUCGCGGCGAAUCGCUUACUUUACAAUACUUAACUUUGGCUUCAUGCUCGUUCAAGGAGCCUAUGGCUACAUGAGCGGUUCUCUCGGCUUGCUAAGCGACACGGUACACAUGCUCUUCGAUUGUCUCGGAUUAAUCGUCGGACUAGGCGCGGCCGUGGCUUCGAAAUGGCCCCCGAGCCCUGAGAGGCCGUACGGCUGGGGCAAGCUUAACACGCUCGCGGGCUUCGGCAAUGGAAUCUUCCUUAUGCUCGUGAGUGUCGAGUUUGUGUGGGAGGCUAUUGAGGGGAUUGUGGAAGCGCGGGAGUUGCGGCAUGUGCGCGAGCUGCUGGUCGUCAGCACGCUUGGGUUUCUGGUCAAUAUGGUGGGACUUUUUGCGUUUGGACACGCGCAUGCUGGGCACGAUCAUGGUCAUAGCCAUGGGCACGGACAUGCGCAUGGCCACGCACACGGCCACAGCCACGGCCAUCACCAUCACGAACACACACACGACCACCACGAGCCUCACGACCACGCAAACGGGCACAUCCAUUCUGAACCUCACGACACUCAUGACGACCACAAAGCUCCCUCCGCACCCACCGCCCAGGCCGACCACCACCACCACCACCACGAUGACCACGAACACAACGAAAACAUGCACGGCAUCUUCCUGCACGUCGCCGCCGACGCCGGCGGCUCCCUAGCAGUCAUCAUAAGCACCGCCCUCACCCUCUGGCAGCCAUGGUACGGCUGGGACCCCCUAGCCACAAUCAUCAUCGCCAUCCUGAUCUUCUCCGCCGCCGUGCCGCUCGUCACCUCGUCCGGGCAAAAAUUGUUACUCGUCGUGCCGGCUGAGCUGGAGUACGGGAUUAAGGAGACGCUGCAGCGGCUUGUGGAGAUUCGGGGGGUGGUGGGGUAUGCUGUUCCGCGCUUUUGGGUGGACGAGGUUGAUGGUGGGGGCGCGAAGAAGAGAGUGAUGGGGGUUGUGCAUGUUGUUGCUGCUGCCGGGGCGGAUGUGGAGGAUGUGAGGGAGCGGGUGGAGGCUUUCAUUGCGGAGCGGAAUAUGAAUGUUGUCGUGCAUGUGGAGAGGGAGGGCGAGGGGCAGUGUUGGUGUGGAGGAGGUGGUAGUUAAGCGACGCUGAGAAGCAUGCUUGUUCGCAAGAGCAUAUGAUAUGGG